AUGACUCGCUUUGCAUCUGCAUUUGCUCUUCUCACUCUUGCGGCCGCCCUCCUCUCCCCGGCGAGCGGCGCGCCUUUCGCGCUCAACGUACGCGCAGACUCCAGUAACUGUACAGCUUCCGCGAUCGCUAAGCGCCAGAUCGAGAACGAGGCAUGGUCCUCUGUCGCCUCUUCGCUCGCCUUUGCGACUUCCACCGCGAGUGCCGCCGGUAGCACCGCUACAGGCUUCAACACGACCGGUACUGGCUCGGAUGGCAACUGCACUGGCUCAGCUGGCGGCACGAACAGCACCACCGGCUCGGAUGGCGGUACGGCAAACGGGACCCUCCCGGGAUCGGAUGGCGGUAUGGCGAACAGCACCAGCAGCUUCUCUCCAGCCGCCACCGGUAACUCGACGACGGGUACGGGCAGCUCGAACAGCAGCGUCGCGACGGUCACCGUCACCGUCACUGCCUCAGGCGCGUGUGGCACCGGCGACUCGUCCGGGAGCUCUACCGCGUCGGGUUUGGUGAGCGGCGUGUCGUCCGCUGCCGCUACUGCCACCGCGACCGACGCAACUGGAGAUACUUCUGCCACUGCUACUGCGACCGACGCCGGUGAUACCUCUGCUACGGCCACCGCGACCGAUGCAGCUGGAGAUACCUCUGCCACUGCAACCGCGACCGAUGCAGCUGGGGAUCCUUCCGCCACUGCCACUGCGACCGAUGCCGCUGGCGACUCGUCCGCUACCGGUACCGCCGACUCUUCCGCGACUGCGACAGGCUCCAUUGCUGCCGCAACCUCCGAUGCAGCGGCAACUGCGAUCAGUUCCGCCGACGGUUCUGCAUCCACAGCCGUCUAA